GUCAUUUUGUUGGUGGUCGUAAAAUGGUCUCAGCUAAGGGCAAGGAGAAGGUUUCCGCCGGCGACAAGGGCUCGGCGGGAAAGCGGAAGGCUGAUCCCGGCAGGGGAAAGGAUGAUGACAAGACCGGCAAAAGGCACAAGCGUGAUGUGCUGCAGUUCUUCGAAGACAGUGCGCACGAGGUCGGAGACGACGACGACGACUUCAGUGACGAUUCUGAUUUCAACGUCGAUGAUUUUAUCCAAGAAGAUUUAGGUGUUGAUGAGGGAGUCCAGAAUGAACAUGUUAAGCGCCCUGUUUUCCCUCUAGUACCUAAAGAAGAGGAGAUGGAUGAAGAGGAGCUAGAGAAAAUGUUGAGAGAGCGUUACAAGCCUAGUUCUAGUUUUGUUAGAUAUGCAGAAGAUGGCUAUGAAAGGAAAGGAUUUAUCGAUGAGGACAUAUCUGUUCCCUCCUCCACGGACCCUACUAUUUGGAAAGUCAAAUGCACGGUUGGACGUGAAAGGCAUUCAGCUUUCUGCCUUAUGCAGAAAUAUGUAGACUUGCAUGCUCUGGGAACAAAAAUUCAGACAAUCUCUGUUUAUGCUCCUGAUCACGUGAAGGGCUUUGUUUAUAUUGAAGCUGAGAAACAGCGUGAUGUUAUCGAGGCUUGUAAAGGGCUUGCUAGUAUAUAUUGCAGUCGGAUGGCUCAAGUUCCAAGGAAUGAAAUCUCUCAACUCUUCUCUGUACGGAGCAAGUGCCAUGGAAUUUCUAAGGGCAUGUGGGCUCGUGUCAAGAGCGGAAGGUAUAAAGGAGAUCUAGCGCAGGUUGUUGCAGUGAGUGACAGACAGGCAAAAGUCACUGUCACUGUGAAAUUGAUUCCAAGAAUAGACUUGCAAGCACUGGCUGAUAAAUUUGGCGGGGGAGUUGCUGCCAAGAAGGCUUCCAUUCCAACAGCAAGAUUUAUCAGUUCUACUGAGCUUGAGGAUUUCCGCCCUCUCAUCACAUACCGUAAGGAUCGUGAUACAAAUGAGAUGUAUGAAGUUCUUGAUGGAAAGAUGCUUAAAGAAGGCUAUUUAUAUAAGAAGAUGUCUGUUGACUCUUUGUGCCUUUGGGGUGUAAUGCCUUCUGAAGCUGAGCUCCUGAAGUUUGAACCUCCUAAGAAAAAUGUGCCACAGGACACCGAGUGGCUUUCCCAGCUAUAUGGCGAGAGCACGAGAAAGCAGAAAAUUAAGAAUGACAAAGGGUCUGGGAAAGGCGGUGAGAAGGGAGAGGGUUCAUCGAGCUCUGGCAACUUAAACAGUUUUGAAGUAGACGAUCUAGUGUUCUUUGGCCGUAAGGAUUUUGGCAUCAUUGUUGGCACUGAGAAGGAGAAUGUGUAUAAAAUCAUCAAAGAAGGUUCAGAGGGGCCAGCACUUGUAACCCUUCAACUUCGUGAACUAAGAGCCGCAUGCUUCGAUAGAAAGUUGUUUACUGUAAAAGACCGAAAUCAGAAUACAAUCUCCAUAAAUAAUGUUGUACGGGUUUUGGAUGGUCCAUCAAAGGAUAGACAAGGAACUGUCAAACAAAUCUAUAAAGGAGUCAUCUUUUUGUAUGAUGAGUUGGGCGAGGAACAUAAUCGCUAUGUCUGCGUUAAAGCUCAGAUGUGUGAAAAAAUUUCCUGCAAUGAUGUUUUAUUGUCUGGCAAGGAAAAUGAGGCCGGGCCAUCAUCUGCUUUUGAUGAUUCUCCAUCAUCUCCAAAUACUCCUUUGUCUCCUAAGAAACCUUGCCGGGGGAGGGAUGUUAACAGCAAUUUUCAUCGCGAGGAUAAAGAUGGACUGUUCUCUGUUGGCCAGUCGGUAAGAAUACGAGUAGGUCCUUUGAAGGGUUACAUCUGCCGCGUCUUAGCUGUACGCCAAACUGAUGUGACUGUGAAACUUGAUUCUCGGCAACAGAUUCUUACAGUUAAAAGUGAGCACCUGUCUGAGGUUCACGGAAAGUCUUCUAACAUUUCUUUGAGUAGCACUGAUCCAGAGGGUUCUAGACCAUUUGAUCUGUUUGGAGCACAAGAUGGUUCAAGAGAUUGGGCUGAUGGUGGGAUUCAAGCGGCACAAGAUGAUAGUUGGAAUGCAGGAUUAUCAUCUAAUGGAAGGAACUCCUGGCCUUCUUUCCCUUCAUCGAGCUUACCAACUGUACAAGACCCUAAUACCAGUUCUCUCACUGCAGUUGAUGUUAAUAAAGAAGAUACUGGGAGUUCUGCUUGGGAAAUAGGGACAAGUCAAAGUAAAGAUGCUGGGCAAGGUAGUGGCUGGGGAGGAAGUGAUAGUUGGAAAAAAGUUGCUUCUACUUCAGUGGCUGGAACCUCUGGUUCUGACAGUUGGGGUAAAACUUCUGAAGCAUGUGAGGGAAGCAUAGUCAAGAAUGAUGGUUCCAGCUGGGGUGCUGCAGCAAAGAAUGAAGGCCAAAGCGAAGGAUGGGGCAACAAAGUGCAGAGCGAAAGAAAUGAUGGGCCUAGUUGGGGAAAUUCUGCGAGUUCUCAAGGUAAAGGCACUACCGUUGCAAACAAUGAUGCUUGGGUCAGUAAGGGAGCAGCUUCUAGCUCUUUACCUGGUCCAGUGAGUGAAAGCGGUGGAUGGGGUAGUGCAGGCAUUUCGCAGGACGGUGGAUCCCAAUGGGGGAAACAAGAUAAUAAGGUACAGCAAGAUGUGGGAUCUUCUUGGGGCAAUAAGAAGGAAGAUGAAUCAUCAUGGGCAGCACAGGGUGGAGGGUCAUCUUUGGGCCAACAUGAUGGUAAGGGGCAAGAUGUGGGAUCUGCUUGGUCCAGCAAGGAGGAGAAAUCCUCCUGGGGAAAACAAGGAGGAUCAUCUUGGGGCCAACAGGAGAGUAAGGUACCCAAUAUUUCUGGUGGAGGUGAGGAUGGUGGGUCAUCUUGGGGAAAAAAGAAUGGCGGUGGUUCGGUAGGAAAACAAGAUGUGGGAUCUUCCUGGAAUAAUAAGGAAGAUAAAUCCUCAUGGGGAAAGCAAGGCGGAGGAUCUUCCUGGGGUCAACAAGACAGUAAGGAGGCACAUAAUAGUAGUUCUGUUGGGGGCGGAUCCUCUUGGGGAAAGCAGGAUGGUGGUGGCUCAUGGAAUAAACAAGACGGUGGUGGAUCCUCUUUUGGAAAGCAGGAUGGUGGCGGCUCAUGGAGUAAACAAGACAGUGGCGGAUCCUCUUGGGGAAAGCAGGAUGGUGGCAGCUCUUGGAGUAAACAAGACGGUGGUGGAUCCUCUUUUGGAAAGCAGGAUGGUGGCGGCUCAUGGAGUAAACAAGACGGUGGCGGAUCCACUUGGGGAAAGCAGGAUGGUGGCGGCUCUUGGAGUAAACAAGACGGUGGUGGAUCCUCUUUUGGAAAGCAGGAUGGUGGUGGCUCAUGGAGUAAACAAGACGGCGGCGGAUACUCUUGGGGAAAGCAGGAUGGUGGUGGCUCA